CUUAGCUCGGCGCGCUCGGUGCGGUCGAUCGGAAUCGCGAACUAGUACGCGGUGGAAAUUCGCACACGCAUAGUACACUGAUGCGCCGAUAGACUGACCACAACGUCGAUGAGUCUCCGCUUCUUUGACUGCCGAUUGCUCCUCGAGCGUUACACGCAAGUCGUUAUUUUGCAGCUUCUGCUUAGGGAAGCAGGUGUCGUAUAAAAGGUCCACGUCGCUUCAAUGAUGAAAUUACUUGCGGGCGUAGAGGAGGUUAGCGACCACUGUGAAAAAGAGCCCAAUAAUGGCCAAGUGCACAACAAUAAUAGUCAUGAAAAGCAAUCUGCAACGGAAUUGACGCAAGAAGCAAGCAAGCCGCUCGUCAAUAAGGCAUGCAACGACUCCACGGCUAAGAAGAGGCAAAUUACGUCGGAGGAGGAAGAAAAGUUGAGACGACUGCUAAUCUUCGAGGAGGCGCCCGAAUAUCUUCGGCACAAUCCUUACAUACGAAGUGGUUAUCGCGGCUACUUGACUACUAAACUAUGUCUCGAGAGCAUAUUUUGGUGGACAAACGAGACCGUGAACAUAUGGAGCCACAUUUUCGGCUGGAUGCUAUUUUUCGGUCUGACCCUAUACGACCUUUGCCUGCUGAAUAUUCACGCGCCGUUCAGCGACAAAUUGAUCGUGUCUCUGUUACUUCUUUGUUUUCAGGUAUGCAUGAUACUUUCUUCUGUGUACCACACGUUUUCGUGUCGAAGCGAGAAGGAUUACUGGUGCUUCCUGUCCUUUGACCUGUUCGGCAUCGCAUUGAGUAUGCUGUCGAUUUACAUGUCGGGUGUUUACUACGCUUUCUGGUGUCACAAGGAGCUGCAGCGAUUCUAUCUGGUGACUGUGCUCGCGAUCUUCAUUUUCGCCAUGGUGUUGCAAUUACCCAAACUAAACAUCAACGGCAACAUCAAGUUAAGCGUAUUUGUAGCCUGGGCGGUAUAUGGAGUGCUGCCAACGCUGCAUUGGACAAUAGCGAUGGGUGGCUUCGAUAAUCCGAUCGUUAAGAUGCUCAUUCCAAGAGUGAUAGGAAUGUACAUUAUUAACGCGAUAGCGUUCGCGUUCUACGUGCUCAAGAUACCCGAACGUUUUUGUCCAGGCUGGGUGGACUACGUCGGCUCGUCGCAUCAAUGGUGGCACGCAUUGGUCGUGCUGGCCCUUUAUUAUUGGCACAACACCGGAAUGCUUUAUGUGGAAUACAGAAUGAAUCAUGGAUGUCCCAGCAGUAUGACAUUAUGACAUACGGAUUCCGACGACCAACCAGCAUCCGUCCUCGCCAUGGAGUGUUCUUGCAUGUUAAAGGAAGAUGUUUGGUCGUCAACGGUUGCAGAACCGCCGUUUUACGGUAUCUUGAAGAACGCUUCCUGCGAGAUACAAAAUCCAUUGCAAGUGUACGCGCAUCGAUAGUCUCGACGUGUUUGCCUUUAGGAAAUAUAUGUCGCAAUUGGGACGGGACGAUACCUGCUGAAUGAGUACAGUUUGCGACAUUUUUUUAUGCGCUGCUAUAUUUAUAUUUAUUCGGCAUCUCACUAUUUAUACGUCUGUUUUGCAAGAAAGACUGGUUUUAAUCCAAAUCACAUCUUCUCUUUUCCGGUCUUUAAUCCUAGCAGAAUCAAGUGUUAAACUGCAACACGAUGAGAAACUAAAAUCGAGUCGUUUAAAUAAAACUAAUAAUUUAAUAAUUUCAGAAAUAUAUUCUGCAAAUUUAAUUGUAAAUUGAAGACAGAUGGGAGGAGAAAUAGUAUAAUAUAAAUUUGAAUUUUUAUAUUAAAUUUAUGGGAAAGCAUUUAAUUAAUCAGAUUUAUCGAGAAAGAUUUUUACGAGUGAACUUUUAAAACAUUUUCAAAAACAAAGCACAUUUUCCGCUCUUGAUUCUGCUGAGUUUAAACGUGACUCUUAAUAUUUAAGAUCUACCUUUAUUAUUUUUAGAUUUGUUAUGUUCCACACGCGCGCGAUGAUUAGUGCCUUUUGAAUCGUUCGAUACAUCUAGCGUUUCCUACGAACCGUUUUUAAGAACAAUAUUAGAAAUAUUGGGGCAUGGGUUUAUCUGAUACAAAAGCAGAUCUUUUCUUCGUAGUUCUCGGUGGAGGAUCACCGAUAGCGGUGCGCAACAUACAAUUACAAACACACAAUGCACGAUUUCAUGCCUUCUGAUAUGCACGCUGACUGGCAGCUCAGUGCAUUGCACAGAUUUUCCAAUACACGAUAGCAAUUCAUGCAGUGAACUGAACUGUCGAUCAACAUGCGUAUAAAAAGACAUGAAAUCAUGCAUCUUAUGAUUCCGGCUUAACAUCGGCGAUUAAUCGUAAGGGCAACAUUGACUGCCCCAUUCACAAUGUACGUAGUUCAAGUCGUAAUGCUAGACAAUUUUUCUAAUUAGCGCCGCUGAUCUCGGCGUAUACUUACAAGCAUGACUCGUAUAUUUUGCAUAAGCUAAGAUCACACAAUAUACGGUUUCAUGCUUUAUUAUAUGCAUAUCGACCGGCAAUCUAGUUUAUUAGAUCAAUCACUAUAGUACAUUAGAAGAUCUGUGCAGUGAACUGAACUAUCGGUCAGCAUGCAUGCCAGGAGACGUGAAAUUGUACAUCGUGUGUUUCUAGCUUUAUAUUUUGCAGUCAAUGGAAUUCGUAUAGCGGAUAAGAAUAACGGAUAUCGGAAGUCAAUAUAUUAUAUCCUACCUGACUGAUUUCAACGCGAGUACCGUGUUUUGUGCAGCGGCCUCUUUUUCACAAUAUUAAAUAUAAAUAAUUAGGUGAUAAUAGCCGUAAUAGAUCUAAAUAAUGUUAUUCGCUGAAUUGUUGAAAAAGAAUGAAAUAAAAGUUUUAUUUAUGAAUAA